AUGGCACUACGCAAGCUUGACAUUAAUAAUUGGUUCAAGUACGAUGAGUUGUUUGACAGCCAACAUAAGGAAAAGGUUGCUAUGGCCACGAGUCCAGACUCGGAUAAUUACGUUGAUUAUCUUGAUGGAAUUGACGACGCGGCCGUGGAACUAUUGGAGAUAAUUGUCACAUAUGUCACCAAAAGAUAUCCUGACAUGUUUCGAGCUGAUCAUGACUACGUGUACAUCGACCAUCUGCAAGAGAAAUAUAGGAUACGCGAGCCAUAUGAGCUUCAUCCACUUGCAGUGGCAGGCUUACUUGUAAUGGAUGAUCUUUACGUGUUGAAGAACGGGCCAAAGGAUCAAUAUACUCUUCGCGGUGCUUUCCUCGCAUGUCCCUCUGGCUGGCGCCUUCAACAACGGAUCGGAUGGUAUCUGCAUCAAAUCCAUGACCCGAUUCCUCUCUGGAAGGAAAGGUUGCGCAAAUCCAUGGAGCGCUUCUUCCUCAACUUGCAGCCAUCUAAAGCAAUCCAGAGAAACAACCUUUUUAUUCAGCCAGUUGGGGAGAUAUUUCAUCUCGUGCCCUUCGAAGAAUAUCCGAAGUGUGAAUCCAUUGAUCAGGUUCACAUCCGAACAGAAUUGCAAUCUCUCACACGCCUUCCUCGCUCACAGGCAAAUGUAUUCACAGUCCGAACAUAUCUCACGCCAAUGACGGAGCUUAGGCAUGAGCCCGAGCAGUUGGAAGCGCUGUGGGAUCACACGAGGAACUUCCCUCCGGAUACUGCAAAUUACAAAUGCCAUCACCUCUGGGGCGACGUAUUUGAGAAGUUUUGCCGGGAGGUUCUGGGCAAGAAUGAUCCAGAGAUUGGGGAAGAUGAGGAAAUGUUCAAAUCAAAUGGACCAACUAGCCAGUGUCCAGCUGGUUUUUGA